UGACGGGGGGAGUGAAGAAACUUCACUCCCCCCGUCACUGCCCCCCCGCCGCCGGGUUGCUCGUCGGCCGUAUCGGCCGUCGGGCACCUCGGCGGCGCAUCGCCGAGUGUGUAGGGCGUCAGAUAUUACCUGCUUCAGAGGUAGCCAAUCAGCACUGACGAUGAUGGGCACAGGUCCUGUGUCCUAUAUGCAGUCUAUCCCUCACAGAAGCCCCAUCCAUGGAGGCCUACGCCCCGGUAUGUCAAUUUACAUCCAGGGCUCAAUCCCGAAAAACGUUAACAGAUUCCAUGUAAACUUUUCCUGUGGAGCAGACACUGCCUUCCACUUUAAUCCCCGGUUUGGUGAAAAGGCGGUCGUGUUUAAUACUUCACAGUCGGGGUCUUGGGGAAGUGAGGAGAGAAAGAAAGACGGGUUCCCCUUUCAUAAAGGAAAUCACUUUGAGUUGGUCUUCCUGGUCAAUCUUUCAGGUUUCCAGGUAAGCGUGAAUGGCUCUGCAUUCUAUGAGUAUCGCCAUAGGAUUCCUGUACAACGGGUGGAUUCUCUGCUUGUGGAUGGAGACGUGUCCCUCCACUCCGUGACCAUUGUUGGAGGAGGGGCCCCGAUGACCGCCCCUUCCUUCCCUUCUGGAGGGGCACCAAUGCCAGGCUACCCAUCCAUGAACCUACCGGUAAUGGGAGGACCCGUCUAUAACCCGCCAGUUCCUUACUUUGGAAACAUACCUGGUGGGGUGUCACCUAAGAGAACAUUUGUGGUGAGAGGGUUUAUACCACAGGGGGGAAAGAGGUUCCACAUUAAUUUUAACACCUCAUCGGGUGACACAGCUCUACAUUUCAAUGUCCGUAUAAAUGAGAACGUGGUGGUGAGGAACAGCAAGCUCGGGGGUGCCUGGGGUUCUGAGGAGAGACAAACAUCAUUCAACCCGUUCGUGCAAGGGCAGUACUUCGAUGUCUCCGUCCGCAGCGGCAAUGGCCGUUUCAAGAUCUUUGUGAAUGGACAACCGUUUUGUGAAUAUGUUCAUCGGUUCCAGAAUUUGCCGUUUAUUAAUACCCUGGAGGUUGCAGGAGAUGUGGUGCUGUCACUGGUACAGGGGCGUGGCAAAGAUGACGCGAUUCAGUGUGAAUUGCGUCAUCAGCUGCAUGGACUGCCCACUUCACUCGAGACAGCAGACAUGGCAUUCGUUCCAGCUAUGGGCUACCAGCCAGUUUACAACCCGUCUAUCCCUCACAGAAGCCCCAUCCAUGGAGGUCUACAGCUCGGUAUGUCAGUCUACAUCCAGGGCUCAAUCCCGCAUCACAUUAACAGAUUCCAUGUAAACUUUUGCUGUGGUCAGCAGUAUAAUGGAACAGACAUUGCCUUCCACUUUAAUCCCCGAUUUGAUGGAAAGAACAAGGUCGUGUUUAAUACUUUCCAGUCGGGGUCUUGGGGAAGUGAGGAGAAAAAGAAAGAUGGGUUUCCCUUUCAUAAAGGAGGUCACUUUGAGUUGGUUUUUCUGGUCAAUCUUUCAGGUUUCCAGGUAAAUGUGAAUGGCUCUCCAUUCUAUGAGUAUCGCCAUAGGAUUCCUAUACAACGGGUGGAUUCUCUGAUUGUGGAUGGAGACGUGUCCCUACGUUCCGUAACCAUAGUUGGAGGAGGGGGUCCAGUAACCGCCCCUUCAUUCCCUCCUGGAGGGGGUUCAAUAAUCGCACCUGCCUAUCCUCCUGGAGGGGCAGUACCACUGCCAGGCUACCCACCCAUGAACCUACCUGUAAUGGGAGGACCUGUCUAUAACCCGCCAGUUCCUUACUUUGGAAACAUACCUGGUGGGGUGUCACCUAAGAGAACAUUUGUGGUGAGAGGGUUUAUACCACAGGGGGGAAGCAGGUUCCAUGUUAAUUUUAACACCUCAUCAGGUGAAACAGCUCUACAUUUAGGUGUCCGUAUACAUGAGAACGCAGUGGUGAGGAACAGCAAGCUCGGGGGAGCCUGGGGCCCUGAGGAGAGACACAUGUCAUUUAACCCCUUCAUCCAAGGGCAGUACUUCGAUAUCUCCAUCCGCUGUGGCAAUGGCCGUUACAAGAUAUUUGUGAAUGGACAACAGUUCUGUGACUAUGUUCAUCGGUUCCAGCAUCUGCAGAUUAUUAAUACCCUGGAGAUUGCGGGAGAUGUGGUGCUGUCGCUGGUACAGUUCUAAGCAACCUCCAAUACACUCCGAGACGAUGAGUAAGGCCAAGGGAAUCUGUUAAAACUAGAGAUGUUUGUCGACCGCCGUGUUUUUGGUUUUGGUCCUGUAUUCAUUUCGUGUU